UUCUUCCCCCAAAAUCACAAACCCUAAAUUCUCUCUCUCUCUCUCUGUAUAUUUUCCAAUUUCGAAUCUCAAAUCACAGCUCAGUUUGGUUUAAUUGAGCUUACUCUAUGAUCCGAUUCAAUUAAUUUAUUCACCGGUAAUUUUGGUCAAUUUUUUUGUGUGUUUCGAGUCAAAAUCCAUGGGGGCGGUGACGUCAUCGAUGGCGGCGAAGUUCGCGUUCUUCCCGCCGCAGCCGCCGUCGUACGGGGUGGAGGAGGAGGAGGAGGGCGGGAAGCUGAGGAUGACGGGGGUGCCGGCGAGGGCGAACGUGGACGUGUUGAAGCUGAGGACGAAGAGAGGGAACGACGUCGUCGCCGUUUACUUCAAGAACCCGGCGGCCAAGCUCACGGUGCUGCACUCGCACGGCAACGCGGCUGAUCUGGGCCAGAUGUAUGAGCUCUUCAGCGAGCUCAGUCUUCACCUUAGGGUCAACUUGUUAGGGUAUGAUUAUUCUGGGUAUGGACAAUCUACUGGGAAGCCAAGUGAGCAGAACACUUAUGCAGACAUAGAAGCUGCGUAUAGGUGUCUUGUAGAGAAGUAUGGUUCAAAGGAGGAGGAUGUAAUUUUAUACGGGCAAUCAGUUGGCAGUGGGCCUACUUUGGAUCUGGCUACUCGUUUACCAAAAUUGAGGGCGGUGGUUCUUCACAGCCCGAUCAUGUCUGGACUCCGAGUCAUGUAUCCGGUGAAGCGAUCAUACUGGUUUGACAUUUACAAGAAUAUCGACAAAAUACCAUUGGUCAAUUGUCCUGUGUUGGUUAUCCAUGGGACAGCUGAUGAUGUUGUGGAUUGGUCACAUGGCAAGCAACUUUGGGAACAAUGUAAGGAGAAGUACGAGCCAUUGUGGAUAAAAGGAGGGAACCAUUGUGACUUGGAGCUCUAUCCGCAGUACAUCAAGCAUCUGAAGAAGUUUGUGUCGGCCGUUGAGAAGUAUCCACGUCUUAAAAAGGGAUUUGCACCAAUUAUGGAUCAACCAGAAAAGCCCCGGGGAAGCACUGACAUCAGGGAGAAAUCUUGCUCCAACCCAGAUCAUAAAGAGAUUUCCAGAUCAAGUACUGACCAUAGAGAAAACCCUAGGGUAAGCACAGACUGCAGAGAAAAGUCAAGGGCUAGUACUGAUAAGAGAGAGAGAACGAAAAAGAUUAUGGAUCAUCCUGAAAAGUCAAGUAAUAGUGUGGAUCAGCCGGAGAAAGCAAGGAAUAGCAUUGACCGAUUCGGGGAGAUGUUCAGAUCAGUUGGCUUCUGCAAUAUCGAUUGUUUUAGGCCCACGGCGACCAGUGUAUGAGGGAUGAAAAUGUGUUCACAGUUUGAAUCUGUAUUUUACCCGUCUUCUAUUUAUUUGAUUGGUUAAUGGGGUUGUUUGAGUGAUAGUAGAAAUGUCAUUGUUUCUCAUACUUAGAGAGAGAAAAUAGGAAAGCUAGUAGACCAAACAAGUAUGUAUCCACUCAACUUAAAUUUCCAUUUCCAACUUAAUAAAUCUAACCCUUGCUCAUA